GUGUAUGUGUAUUCCAUUUAAUUUGGUAAAGUGAUCUACAUAAAUAUGUAUAUCUUUGAAUGUGCCUUGGAUACAUGUGUUACUUAGACUGAAAUUAUGGGAUGAAUAUGGAAACCAAAAUUUAGUACGUCGAAGAUUUAGAAAUGGCGUCGAAGAGUACAGUAGAUUUCUCUUUCGAUGAACGUGAUAAAAAAGGAAAUAUGGUUAAAAACAUUAUACUAAUAGGUAGAGUAGGAGCAGGAAAAAGUGCUACUGCCAAUACACUUUGUGGAAGCAAAACGUUUAAAUCCUUACGAUCUUCAUGCCCAGUAACAGAGAGCAUUCUGUCGAAAACCGUUGAAUGUGAACAGUCUAGUACAUCCUUUUGCAUAAUGGAUACUCCUGGUAUAUCUGGAAGCACUGAUAAUGAUGAUCAGUUCCUGCAUGAUCUUAAAAAGGCCAUUCAAUCGUGCGAUAGUGGUAUUCAUGCUAUACUAGUUGUACUUUCUCUUCGGGAAAGUUUUUCUGAGGCAGUACAAGAUUCUUUUGCGUAUUUUUCAAGUAUUCUUGGGUGUAACUGGGAAAGAUAUGGCAUAUUAGUUUUCACGAAUGCUGACCAACUUGGAAGUUCAAAAAAGAGUCAAAAUAAAUAUAUAUCUAAAAGUGAAAAAUAUUCAAAACUAGUGUUGCGUUUCAAAGGGAGAUACAUAACAAUUGACAAUACCAAGAGUUGCCAAGAACAACGUUCAAAAUUGUUUUCGUUGAUACUUGAAACUAUUCAUUAUAACGGGCCAUCUGUUUUUACCACAGAAUGCUUGAUAACAGAAAACAAGUUUCGUAUGUUACAAGAAGGUUCGGACGAUGAAAAAAAAUUGAAAAGAAUAUUACAGGAAGAAAAAAACGAAAGGGAACGUCAGUUAAGAGAACAACAAGAAAAAGAUCUCCUUGUUUUUAAGAAACAGAUACAUCGAACUUUUAAAAAUCCAGACACUAUGCUAUCAUUUGAAGAGGCUGACUCGGAAUGUCCGGAUAAAGUUGUACAAAAUAAAGAAAAAGGAGUGGGAGUUACGACAAGUCAGUCACUAGACGAUCGAACACAAACCUCAUCGGAUAUAAUGCCUGACUUCAAUAUGGAAUGUAAAGGAAGUUUUGUGGGGGUAACAACAGACCAACCACCAGUAGAUCCAAUGACAGAGCUAUCAGAAUUAAUUCAGUACUUGAAUAAAGAGACUGAAGAAAAAGUUGAGGCAGCAGGGACAAAUGACAGUGGAGCUUCAAUUAUCAAGCUGGGAAAAGGUCACUUUUUUGAGUUGGACAUAUCAAGAACGCUCUGUCAGCAAUGUAAUUACGAUCCACCGUGUAUUGCUUGCAGAGAAUGCAAAUUAGCUUUAUGCUCUGAUUGUCUUGAGGGUCAUAAUAGGAGACACGAGUUUAUACAGCUGGUAACAAUGCGCAGAAAUUUCUUUUAUUUGGACAACCAAAUAACUGUCUGUCCUAUCUGCAAGGAAGAUCCACCUAGCCUUGGUUGCAUAGAAUGUAAAGUACUUCGGUGUUUUGAUUGUUAUCAUGAUCAUGAUAGGAGACAUCAUUUUAUAAAGUUGUUAGAAGAGCGUACUAAUGAUGACAUCGGAAAUGAAAGUACCAACGCAUGUGCAAUGUGCAAUGCAAUACAUUCUUUACCAAUAUUUUGUAAGGAAUGUAACAUAAGGAUAUGCAGAAAAUGCGCAAAUGUUCAUAAAAGAAUACCAAUGCUGCGGUCUCAUCAUCUAGAAGAUAACGUUUUAGAGCAGAAAGAAACCGCUAAAAUCAUGGAAGACACCAUAUGUAAUUUACCAGCGAAAUGCAGCACGAAAAGGCUUGAAUGUACCAAGGCAAAAUAUAUCUGUUUUGAAUGUAACCUUGUGUUUUGCAACAUGUGCGUUGGUCAACACCAGGAAGAAGAGCCUAAACACAGAAGUUUAAACGCAGAUCAACUACGCAUAUGUUGUCGCCAUCAAAAAGAAUCUUUUGAAAAAGUUCUGAAAGUGGUCCUAUCGCUUAGAAAAAAAAGAACGAUUUGUGAUCUGUACUUCCAUUCUGAUGUGGUAUGUGAAAAAGGAUACCAUGAAAAAGAGGAAAUGUAUUUGCCUAUAGAAUGUGAUGAAAUGAAGGACAUGGGCAAUACACUAACUCUUGAAGUACCACAGACUCAUGAAAUCUGGCAGAAAACGUUUUGGCAUAUCAUUUGUGAAAUUAAAAGUAAUGUCAAAAAAAUUCUACAGAAGCGGUUGAUACAUUUGGAAGACGAAGACAUACUGUGGAUCCUACAUGACACAAAUGUACUGAGACAGGCUUCAAAAUCCGGUUUUUCAAGGGAUGAUAUGAAGAAACUUGAUCCAUCAUUAAUGUUUGCAGAUGAAUUAGAUAAGAUAUACAGUAAAGUGGAAGUUUAGGACUACAAUUUUAGUGGUGCAUCUAAAUGUCCAUUUUACAUCAGCAUUGAUGCAUGCUAUGUUUAUAAUACCACCACAUAGACAAUUUCUUAUAAAUGUGCCCGAGUAUUAGUUUUUUAAACUAUAUAGUAUUCUUCUACAUUUAUUUCUUCAGCUUUUCCCGAAUCUGGAAUUGUUAUUCAGCAUUGCAUUGAACUCAUGUGUUUUGAUUAUGUAAACUCUUUUUUUAAGAUAAUUCGCAUCUUAUGUAAAUACUUUCUUUUAGUAGGCGCAUCAAAACAAUAUAAUUUAAAAUGUAUUAUAUAUGAUCUUCCAUUAUAUGUUACAUGCAUUUGAAAGUACAAUAUCAUAAUUGAUAAUUACGUUUACAGUGAGUAUUAAAUAGCUAUGUAUAUAUAGAAACUCAUUAAAAAGAAAUUACUGUUGA